AUGGGGAAAUUUGAAUUACAGAAAAGUGAAAUAGGAGACUCUUCUUCAAUGGCUUUGACCAGCACCAGAAGACUAGAAGGGAAGGUAGCAAUAAUCACUGGUGGAGCCAGCGGCAUUGGUGAAAGCACCACAAGGCUAUUUGUCCAUCAUGGUGCAAAAGUUAUCAUAGCUGAUAUCCAAGAUGAACUCGGCCGCGCCUUAUGCGAAGAUCUUGGCUGCAAGGAAGCUGUUUCUUACGUCCAUUGUGAUGUUAGCAACGAAUCUGAUGUCGAAAAUGCAGUGGAGACAGCCAUAGCCAAGCACGGGAAGCUUGAUAUAAUGUUCAGUAACGCAGGCAUCAUCGACAACUGUAAGAACAUAUCGGAUGUCGGCUACGAUGAUUACAGGAGGGUUUUCAACGUUAACGUCUUCGGUGCGUUCAUGUGUGCCAAACAUGCAGCAAAAGUCAUGAUCCCUGCUAAGAAAGGAAGCAUCAUUUUCACUUCUAGUGCAGCGACAGCCGGAGAUGCGACUCAUGUAUAUGCCACGACUAAGAAAGCCCUUUUAGGGCUUAGUGAAAGCUUGUGCGUGGAAUUAGGCCAACAUGGGAUUAGAGUCAAUUGUGUUUCUCCUUUUGCCCUGCCAACUCCAUUGCUGACGAGGCAAUUUGGAAAUGUGGAAAAGGAGAAGGCAGAGGGAUGGUUUUACCAGGCAGCAAAUUUGAAACAUUCGGUAUUUGAGGUUGAGGAUGUAGCACAGGCAGUAGUAUUUCUAGCAAGUGAUGAAUCUAAGUAUGUGAGUGGGCUCAACCUUAUGCUUGAUGGGGGCUAUGGCAAGACAAAUAUCGCCUUGAGAGAGGCUUGGAAGCAAGCCUGA